AUGACCGACGAGAAUCGUAAACAGUUUUAGCGAAAAAAGCGGAGCAAAAUCUUUAUGUUUAGAUUGUUUUAAAAGCUUCAAAAUGUUAGCAGACUAUACUAGAAGACACAGAGAGUUCACUGGACCAACUCCUCAUUCCGUAGCAAUUAAAGCGAAGCCAACUCGCAGGCGACCUGCGGAACACCUCAUUUUGGAGCAGCGACGAAAGGAAGCCUUGGUCGAAGAGGCUAGGGAAGAAACGAAAUUUUUAAAGCAAUGCGACCUGAAGUCGUCAUGGGUGAAAACUACGAACAAAAGAAUCGAGAGAAACACAAUAAAGAGAAGGGUACAACAGGAACUACAGAAGGAGAAAUUUGCACUGGAAGACAGACAGGAGAUGCUUCGUGAAAUGUUGCUGGAAGAAGAGCGGAAUUACAUCAGUGAGAUGGAGAGCAUGCAGGAGACAACACUGGAACGACAGGCAAAGAUGAGAGAAAGAGCAAAACAUCUGAAAGAGAAAAGAGAACGAGAAAGAGAGGAGUUUGUCGCUGAAAAAUUAGACCAAAGAUGGAGGAAUCAAUGUGAGGAGCUCAGGUCAAUCAAGUCGAAGCAAAAUCAAGACCAGAUUUGCCACGAGAGAAACGAACAGAUCUUGCUCAAAGAAGAAGAGAAGAAACGUCAAGAGGAAAUUGAGAAGAUGUAUGCAGACCUCUGGGCAACUGAUCGCGCAGCAAAGGCUGAAAGAGAAGAACAAGAAGAGAAGAAUUUAAUUGGAAGGAAUAGAGAAUGUCUCAAGGUGCUACAACUUCAAAUCUCUUCGAACUCCCAAAAAGCGGAGGAGGAGAAAAAGUUGAAGGAUUUAGAAGCAGAAUGGUUGAAGGAAGAGAUGAAACUUCGCAAGCAGGAAGAGGAAUGGGCAAGAAAGGAGAAGUUGAAGAGACAAGAGCAUGCGAAACGUGUUCGCGAUGCCUCAAUCAAGUUGAAAGAAAAGAAGGAGACAAAAGAAAGGAACGAGGAGCUUGCUUUAGAGCAUCAGCUUCUUCAGAAACUUUUAGAGGACACCAGGAACCAGGAACAGGCAGAUGUGCAAAGGAAGAGUGAUCUCCGUGAGGAGAAUCUUAGGUUUAUGGCUUAUGUUGCUCAGAAUCGAAAGGAUGAACAGGAAAAGGAGAAGAGGUUGGAGGAAAUGAUUCAUGAUGAGGUGGAGAUGAAGUGGAAGAAGGAUUUGGCCAAGCAUCGGCUGGAGAGGGAGGCAAGAAAGAAGUUGUUGGAGAACGUGUUGGACACGCGGCGACAGCAGAUUGACGAGAAAAAAGAGAAGAAGGAUCAAUUGAAGCAAGAGGCAGAAAGAGAACGAAUCGAAUUGUUGAAAGUGAUGGAGGAACACAAACGCAUGGCCCAGGAGACGAGCGACCGACUGAAACAGCGACAUCUCUCGUAUCAAAAUGAUCUUCAAAUGCAAAUCGGUUAUCAAAAGACAGCGAAGGCGAGAGAAAAAGAGGAAGCGUUUGAUGAAUUUUUAGCUGGAAAGGAGGCAGAGAAGGAAUAUCAGAGAAAAUUACGAGUUGCUCUUGAGCGACCUCAGAGUGAGAAAAUGCAUCCAUCGCGAAGACGAGUGGUGGUAGAAAGACACGGAGGAUCUGCACGCUAGCCACUUUAAAUCAAACUCUCUUUAUCAUUAUGUGUAAUAAAUUUUACUCGGAGUAAAUAUAUUCCAUGCGUGUUGUACGCGUGCGGCAUUGUGGAUCAUUGAGCUUCAUAUAUAUAACUGGAGUAAAAACUUUCAAAUGUUUAGCCAGUUGACGAAAUAUGCUUCAUAUUUCCCAGAGGAAAGCUUCAAAUUUUAUGAACAACUAUAGCGAAAUAAUCGCUUUGAAAACUCCCUCGCUGUGUUUGUAAAUAGUGAAAAAACCCUGGGUUUUCAGGUGAAAUCUAUUAUUGGAACUAUCUCCAUUAUUAUUAGGUAAUUUUUGAUAGUUCUGUGAACAAGUUUGACUGUCCAAUUAAAUGACGUGUCUGGA